UCAAUUAUGCUAAAUAUGUUGAACUUUGAUCCUGUGCGUUAAUCAGCCCUAAUUCAUAAUUGUAAAUAGCGCCCUUUCCAUGGCAAGUAAAUUUGACUGUUGAAGAUCAACCCCAAGCCCUAAUGUGAACUGUGGAGUAGGCUUAAGGGAAAACCAGAUUACGUCAUAUCGGGAUUGGUGAUUGGAUUUAAUUUGAGGAAGCAUAUAGAUUAGAGUUUUUAGUUUUCUGUUUUCAUUGCACCGGGCGGAGAGGAGAUAUACUCACCUCCUAUGGCUUCACUUCAGUUCCUCCUUCGCCCAUCUUCUAAUCCCAAUCUGCUCGCUUUACCCUCCAGAUCUCGAUCGGUUCGAUGUGCCGACGAACGCCAGGCGCUGUUUAACCGCAUUGCUCCUGUUUACGAUAAUCCGAUUGAUUUCUUGAGUUUGGGGCAGCACCGGAUAUGGAAAAGAAUGGCGGUAUCAUGGAGCGGGGCCAAGAGGGGAGACAAUGUGUUGGAUUUGUGUUGUGGAAGUGGGGAUUUGGCAUUUCUACUAUCAGAAAGAGUUGGGUCUGAUGGCAAGAUUUUGAUUUCUCAAGGGAGCGAUUAUCGGUUGCUUCAUCUCAACAACACUUGCUCUCAAAAGCUUGCUACAAGAACAUUGAGUGAGCAUUGGUGGAUUGAGGGCAAUGCAACUGAGUUGCCUUUUUCUAACUGUUCUUUUGAUGCCAUUACCAUGGGUUAUGGGCUACGAAAUGUGUUAGCUAAAUGCAAGGCCAUGCAAGAGUUGUUUUGAGUCUUGAAACCAGGGUCAAGGGUAUCCAUCCUCAAUUUCAAUAAAAACACUAAAUCAUUUAUUACAUCAAUUCAGGUAUUGUUUAGAUAAGAGGUUUCAGUUUUAGGAGUAAUUAUGUUUCCAAUUAAAUUAAGGGGUGAAGUUAGUUGCAACAUUUAACAUUCAUAUGACAUUUUGAUGUCAUUUUUUAAUGAUUCUUCAUGCACUAGUUGUCAUAAUAAGAUUCAUUUCUUUGACUGAGUGUUCUCAUGCGCUACUUGUCAUAAUGAGAUUCAUUUUUUUUUA